AUGUCCUCGUGGUUUGUGGCUAUUCGACAGAGUCAGUGGGACGCCCUUUGGAUGGAUCUUGAGUUUAUGGAGCUUGUAGAUGUCAAGAUCCAAGGGCCCGUCAUGACGGCUAGUCCCCAGCAGGCAGUGUUCGCAACUCGAACAGAUUGUGUAAGAGUAUUCUUUUUGGUCAUUGGCCGAGAACCCGAGGCUUUAUUUGGGCUGGGUGUCCAGUCCUUUGAAUUGAGGGAUCAAGAUGGUUUGAAUUUACGAUUCCUUUAUGAAGUUGACCUUCUUGCAAUAUUCCUGAGAUCUGAGGAGGCUCUUUUCUCCGAGGGCAGACGUCUCAAGCUCAACAUCUCCCAAGCUCACGAUCGAGCGGUGACCAUGGCGGGCCACGUGAGCAAAGAGCUUCCGAAGCACUUCGUCCUCUUGCACAUCACAAUCAAAACAACCGCAGCAAUGACUGCCUUUCCGGAGUCCAAGUCUGGCCGCAUUUUGCUUGGAGCUCUGCAUUUCGGAGUGGAUGAUCGCAAUGGCCCUGCCAACCUUCGUGGUCACUUCGGGUUGCUGUCCCCGAAUUGGGAUGUGUGCAUCAGGACUCAUGAGUUGGCGUGUGGUGUCAGCCCCGUGUGCUAUGCCUUGAAUGGCUCCCUGGGAGAGGUUACGCAUUGGAGGUUCAUCGUGGUCAUGGAGACCCCGCCUGAUGUGACCGCUGUGGCCAAGACUCCGACCGUGUCCGAAGUUCCGCACGGGGACCCUGCAACCUGGAUGGCGCAGUAUGUGCACAAGAACACUUUGGACAACAAAAAGAUUCCGGUGACACACAGCUUGAUCCUCUUCACGUCCGCGACGGAUGCAGUCCUGGUGCACAACCUUUACAAGAAGGCCAUGCUGGUGACCCAUUUGGUGGAGCUUACUGUUCCGGCAAAUGUGCUCCGAGACAACGAGGAGUUCUCUGUGCGUUGGGUAUCCGGCUCCGAUGCUCUGUGCACUUAUUGGCUCCUGACGACAAAGUCUCCGACUGACAAUUUGGUUGCGAAUGUGAGCAAAGCCUACACCUGGUUGUGUGGCCAGUCGAAGGCCUUCAUGCUCUCCCGUGGCAACCUGGAGGUGACUGCAGACGGCAGCUCGAGGGCCUUCAAUGAGAUUCUGCGGCGCAGUAAGCGUGCCAAGUCCUUGCGAAGCCAGCUCCGUGACAUCAAGGCUGAGCUGGACGGCCUGAGCUAUCCCGAUCCUGAAACGGCCUCAGGGUCGAGCGAUUCGACCGCCUGA